AACGCAGUCACGUAGACAUGCUGUUUUCAUGUUGAAACGCUCCCUCAUCUCGGCGCUAUUCCCCUAAAAUUAAAUUCUAAUGUUUUCCUUAAUAUUACGCGCGUAUUGGAAGGGAACACAAGAUAGGCCUGUUACAGAAACGCAUGCUCAAGGCAAAUAACUGCGUGAAUGGUUUUGUUACCAUCGAUGAAGGCCUAUUUCAAUAGGAAGUGAAUGUCGAUGCCUAUCCUGAGCAGAAUCACACGUUCAUCGGAGCGGUCGGAGCUCGAAGACCUUGAAGACGAAUGAUACGAUAGGAAACGGCUAGACUUAUACGAGCUGCAAGCAGUUCGUGCGGUCAUCGACUGAGCGAAAUGAGAUGCUAGCAAAUAAUAUUAGUCUGGUAACACCAUGGCAACUGUUUUACUUAUCAGUUCACUUGUUGACAAUGCAGAAAUUAAAUGAUUUUGCUGUCUGUAGUUAAUGUCACCGUCAUUAAAAACCUGAAGCAUGUUGGAGUGAUGACAUUAGCAGAUUUGAAUGACUUAACUCAGUGACAAUGGCAUUACGUGAUCUUAUGGAAGGGGAGUGUGGGCGACCUAAUGCAUUAUCUCGCCUCACUUCCCAUUUUGUACACGACCAUACACAUCGUGAUGAUGGAUUACGCCGUGGUGUACCGCAUACUGAGGGACUAGCUGGAGGAGAUUCUGAUCAGUGGGCUCAGCAAUUUAUUGGUGAGAAUUCACCACAGACAUUUCGAAUGGAUUCACUAUUGCAAGAAAUGCGAGAAAUUGAAUCGUCUGGCAGUCUUCAUGCCCCUGUUCAAGCUCCUGGAGUGGCUGCAUUAGCUGCAUCAGAUCCAACAAGCUUAGCCGCUGAAGAUAUGGCUUGGGCAGAACAAUAUCUAGAGUCAGGAAAGCAGUUUGAUGAGGAGCCUUGUGAAGCAGAAGUUUGGAACAUGCCAAAUCUUGAGGUUGGAGAAUCUGCAAAUAAUUCAGAAGUUUUUGAAUUGGGUUUUGGGCCACAGUGGGCAGAAGAAUACUUGCAGUCUAGUCAGCGCAACAUUGAUGUUGAUGAAAAUUGGUCAGAAACUUUUGAUGACCUCAAUCAAGGGAGUGAGUUGCAAGAGACUGCAAAUCAUCUUUUAAAUACCGUACAAGAUCCUAAUAUAAAUGCAUCAAAGUUUAUGAAGUUUAUGAAACAAAUAGGAGAAGGCAAGAUAACUAUUGAAGAUGGAGAAGUAAUAGGAGUUCCCGAUGGGGAAGAAACUGAAGACAUAAUUCUUAGUGAAACCGAGAAUGAUCUUGUAAGUACUGCAGGUGUAAAAGUGACGGAAAUGAAAGACAUCGAUUCAUCCAUCUCCUCUGAUGAAGGACUGAUUUCAGAAAAACAAUCGAGUGAUGAUACAGCAGAGUACUCUAAAAAGUUAUGGAGUAAAUUGCAGAAUGAGUGGGAAAAAAUUUUUAAAAGUGGCGAGGAGACAACUCAACCAUGGGUGACAGAAUUUUCCGAUUAUUAUGACCCGUUCAAGGACUAUCCAUUUGAGGAAAAUAAUCCAAUGAAGGAACAUUCAAAUGCCCUUGAAGAAGGAAAGAAAAGACUAGAAGAAGGUGACUUAGCAAGUGCAGUUCUUUGUUUUGAAGCAGCUGUUACUAAUGACUUUGAAAAUAGUGAAGCAUGGGAGCUGCUUGGAAUAUCCCAGGCAGAAAAUGAACAGGAUCCUGCUGCAAUAUCAGCUUUAAAGAAUUGUUUGAAACUUAAUCCAGGCAAUUUACGAGCACUCAUGGCUCUUGCAGUGAGUUAUACCAAUGAAAGUUAUCAAAAUCAAGCCUGUCUUGUUUUAAAGGAAUGGUUAAGACAAAAUAAGGAUUAUUGUCACUUGGUGCCUGAUGAAUCAUCUACUUCUAAAAGCGGAGUAGCAUCAUCGUUUUUAACAUUUGACACUCACAAAGAAGUACAAGAUUUAUAUAUAGCAGCAGCUCGUCUACACCCGCGAGGUAAUAUUGAUGCCGAUGUACAGUGUGGUCUGGGCGUACUGUUCAAUUUGAGUAACGAAUAUGAUAAAGCUGUAGACUGUUUCAAAACUGCUUUGCAAGUUAAACCAAAUGAUCCAAGAAUGUGGAACAGACUUGGUGCUACACUAGCAAAUGGUGAUAGAUCCGUAGAAGCCGUGGAAGCUUAUGAUCAUGCUCUUCAGUUAGCUCCUGGUUAUAUUCGUGCCAGAUACAAUUUGGGUAUCACAUGUUUAAAUCUUGGAGCACACAAAGAAGCUGCUGAACAUCUUUUGACCGCUCUGAAUCAACAAGCUCAAGCGAGAGGGGUUGAAGAAGCUCCAAAAUCCUGGAGUGCAAUGUCUGAUGGAAUCUGGUCAACUCUUCGAUUAGUUGUAUCUUUGCUAGAUCGAAGAGAUCUACAUGACGCUGUUGAUUCUAGGAAUUUGGUGGAAUUAAACAGGGCAAUUUUAGAAGCAAAUUGAACGCAAGAUGACUGUUUCCUAGAUAUAAUUGUUAUUAUUUUGUUUCCAACCAUAUUGUUGAUAAUGAUAAUUUUUAUAUAAUAUUGGAUAGCAUAAUAAUACAAUGUAUUCACUGUAAGGUGUCUCAUAUUGCAUGAUAUGGAAUACUUUAUUCAUAAUUUACAGUUUUAAUAAGUAAUGAACUGUCUAUAAAUAAACUAUAUUUCAAUAUGAUUUUGCAACAUGAGAAGGUUCUUUUCAGGUGAUAAAUUUUACAAAGUGUUGAAGAGUAAAUCCUGGUGUAUAUACAAUACUUUAUAUUGUAUACUGCAGUAAGAAGAUCACACUUAUUCCUUUCUUAACGUAACUUAACUUUAUUUGCAUGAUUUCAUUGUAUUUUUGACUAAAUUUGAAAAGUGAUUUAAUUUCUUUAUCUGUUGUGAACUAUAUAAAUUUAUAUAUAUAUGUAUAUUUCUUUGACUGUCAAUGAACUUGAUCAUACUUUUGUAAAAAUAUAUUACAUUGAUAUUUUCCAAAUUGUGAAAGGUGGAUUGUAAAUGAAGUGCAAAAAUGGUAACACCAUCUCUAAAUAUUUAAUAUAUUUGAAGACUUUUUUUUUUUCCUAUCCUAUGGUUGCCUAGUAUUCUCCUCAAUUUAUAAAAAGACCUGGUACUAUUGUGUGAAAUUCACGACUACAACACGGAUUUGUAUGCA